AUAAAAAUAAUGAAAGAAUUUCAAUAAACCUAUCUAAUGAAGUCACAGAUAAUGAUAGUAAUAUUGAUUUGUAUCAUGGCAAUGUGGAUAAUGAGGCCUUGACUGAAGACGAUGAAACAUCAUUUGAAAAUGAUGGAUUCAUCACACUAAAAAAAGGCCAAACAUUUGAUAAUUUUGAUCAUGCAGAGAAGCAUAUAUGA